UUAAAAAAUUAAAUAACUUUAAAAAACUAUUGUAAAAGUGACAUAAAGUGACUUGGUGCGUUCUUUCUCUGAAUCCUUCACAUGAAAAAUAUUUUUAAAAGUGCACCCUGCGUAUGUAUUUGUGUGUGUUGUGUGUUGUGUUUGUGUGUCUAUCCACGUGCAAGCUAUUUUUCUACUAGAAACGGAAAACAUCUGUUGAACACGCUACGCAGGAAACAUCUUGUUAAAGUACUUAGCUGCAGCUUCCAUUCGUAAGACAGAUGUGAAUGGCAUUGGGAGGAGAAAUCCCCACCAACAGAGUGAUGAAAGUCUUCUGCUGUGUAAUCAAUAGAGCAGUUUUGCAGCUCUCGCUGUCGCGUAUAUGUAGCUCAAGGUCGAGCAAAAUGUGGACUUGAUUAUAAGUUGUAUAAUUAUAUCGUAAAUAUUAUUUGAUGGUGUUUUAUGAUCACACUGUUUUAUGAAUCAUGAUCUGUAUAAGAAUUGCUGUGUCAUGACAUAUAACACGGCAAGACAUCGUUCAGAAAGAAUGUUGAACUUAUAAUUUGAUUCGAGGUUCCACAAUCUUUUCACGUGAAUGUAAAUAAACAGUUCAUAUCAAAUUCUAAAUAAAGUAAUGAUUCAUGUACAAUACAAAUAUACAUAUUUGUACCAAGGAAGAAAUAAUAAACUAAAGAAGAAGAAAUCAGCUUGUUAAGGAAGCUAUAUAAAUGAAGAAAUUAGCUCGUUAAAGGAAGAAGCUACAUAAAUGAAGCUAUUCGUAGCUUCUUGCGGAAACAGAACGAAAGAGCGAUCGAGUAUUAUAUUUAAAUUAUCAUGACAGGAUGGCAGUGACAAACAACAACAACACGGAAUUCAUACGAAAAACAUUUCUGAAAUUAACCGAAAAUUAUAUCCAACAUGGAGCCACAUUGAAGGAUUUAAAAUCCAUCACUAGGACAAUCGACAAUAUGAAAAAUGGGACAAAUCGUAGCUUCAAGAAGAAAGUACUGCUGAUGUUAUUUGUGUUGCUUUUAUGCGGCAUUUUCAACAGAUACUUUAAUACUAUAAUUAAGAUGUUUCAAGAGACCCGAUGCCUGCUGCCGAAUAAUUAUCUAGUGUGGGAGUUCACGAGAUCGAUAUCGAAUUGCGAUUAUUGCCGGGAUGUUAAGGCGCCGUUGAUUCUGCCGAACUUGACCAGGGAGGAAUUUCGUCCUUACGCCUAUUCGUCCCGGCCUAUGAUAGUAAAGGAUGCGAUCCGCGACUGGCCCGCACGCGAUGCGUAUACCUUGGAAUUCUUUCGAGAUUUGUACGAGCAAGUCGAAGGCGCGUACGAAUCGGUGGAGGAGGAGUGCCAGUUUCUGCGCUUCAAGAGCGACUUCGCGAAUCUGCGCGAGGUGUUCGCGAUGAGCGAAGCGCGAGCGCUUCAUCGGGAGGGCGAGGACCCCUGGUACGUCGGCUGGAAGAAUUGCCAUCCGCGGAUCCUGGACGGCAUGAAGCGUUUUUAUAGCGUGCCUCAUUUCCUGCCGGAUGACGCGGAAAUUCCGUGCAGCAACUAUAUCUUCAUGGGUUACGAGGAGGGUGCCGUCAUGCAUCUGGAUUAUAUAUCGAGACUCAUGUGGCAAGCUCAGAUAAUAGGUACUAAAACGUGGAUCGUGGCUCCAACGCCAGAAUGCGAUAGCGAAUGUACAUCUUUUAAAUUCACUGUUGAUGCAGCGGAUAUUGUAUUGUUAGAUACGAGGAUUUGGUAUCACAGUACUCACAUUGAAAAUGGAAAUUUGAGUUUGACAAUUACUUCUGAAUAUGGGUAGGCUUAGAAGAAGCCGUUUUAUACGCCCAUUAUUCUCAAAUAUUAUAUAUCUAUAUAUAACGUACAAGCUGCUUAGACAGGACUCUAAGCAUACUUUUUUAUCAUUUCGCAGAUAUCAUCAGAGACUGAUUACG